CCGCGCCCGCCCGUCCGGUGCCGAGGGCUGGAGGAUGAGUUCUCCGGGUUCCCGAUUUGUGAAAAUAUGCAUUCGUUUAAUACUGUCUUGGAAUUCAUGAGAUGGAAGCAUAGGUCAAAGCUGUUUGGAGAAAAUUGGAAACUCAGUUUUAUCUAGCCACAUCUCCAAGGAGUCCCAGGAAAGAAGGUGGUGAAGUCAUUGUCAAGUGAUCUCGGACUUGUACAAGGAAAUCGCUUUCAGCAAAAUCAUUUAAAUUAGUGAACUAGUGGACUAGUGUAUAGGAAACAUUAAAAUUGAACAAUGACUCAGCCAUAUAUUUAUAUCAGAUUAUUGGGAGCCUGUUUGUUCAUCGUUUCUCAUGUUCAAGGGCAGAACCUAGACAGUAUGCUCCAUGGCACUGGAAUGAAAUCAGACUCUGAUCAAAAGAAGUCAGAAAAUGGAGUGACCUUAGCACCAGAGGAUACCUUACCUUUUUUAAAGUGUUAUUGUUCAGGACAUUGCCCAGAUGAUGCUAUUAAUAACACAUGCAUAACUAAUGGGCAUUGCUUUGCCAUCAUAGAAGAAGAUGACCAGGGAGAAACAACAUUAGCUUCUGGGUGUAUGAAAUAUGAAGGAUCUGAUUUUCAAUGCAAGGAUUCACCAAAAGCCCAGCUACGCCGGACAAUAGAAUGUUGUCGGACCAAUUUAUGUAACCAAUAUUUGCAACCUACACUGCCUCCUGUUGUUAUAGGCCCAUUCUUUGAUGGCAGCGUCCGAUGGCUGGUCGUGCUCAUUUCUAUGGCUGUCUGCAUAAUUGCUAUGAUCAUCUUCUCCAGCUGCUUUUGUUACAAACAUUAUUGCAAGACCAUUUCAAGCAGACGUCGUUAUAAUCGUGAUUUGGAACAGGAUGAAGCAUUUAUACCAGUAGGAGAAUCAUUAAAAGACCUUAUUGACCAGUCACAAAGCUCUGGUAGUGGAUCGGGACUACCUUUAUUGGUUCAACGUACUAUUGCCAAACAAAUUCAGAUGGUUCGACAAGUUGGUAAAGGCCGAUAUGGAGAAGUGUGGAUGGGAAAAUGGCGUGGUGAAAAAGUGGCAGUCAAAGUAUUUUUUACCACUGAAGAAGCUAGCUGGUUUCGAGAAACAGAAAUCUAUCAAACAGUGCUCAUGCGCCAUGAAAAUAUACUUGGUUUUAUAGCAGCAGACAUUAAAGGCACAGGUUCCUGGACUCAACUUUAUUUGAUUACUGAUUACCAUGAAAAUGGAUCUCUCUACGACUUUCUGAAGUGUGCCACACUAGAUACCAGAGCCCUGCUCAAGUUGGCUUAUUCAGCUGCCUGCGGUCUGUGCCACCUCCAUACAGAAAUAUAUGGCACUCAAGGAAAGCCUGCAAUUGCUCAUCGAGACCUAAAGAGCAAAAACAUCCUUAUCAAGAAAAAUGGAAGUUGUUGCAUUGCUGACCUGGGCCUUGCUGUUAAAUUCAACAGUGAUACAAAUGAAGUUGAUGUACCCUUGAAUACCAGAGUUGGCACUAAACGCUACAUGGCUCCUGAAGUGCUAGAUGAAAGCCUAAAUAAAAACCAUUUCCAGCCCUACAUAAUGGCAGACAUCUAUAGCUUUGGCCUAAUCAUUUGGGAAAUGGCUCGUCGUUGUAUCACAGGAGGGAUAGUGGAAGAGUACCAGUUGCCAUACUACAACAUGGUGCCCAGUGACCCUUCCUAUGAAGACAUGCGUGAGGUUGUCUGUGUCAAACGUUUGCGGCCAAUUGUGUCUAACCGAUGGAACAGUGAUGAAUGUCUACGAGCAGUGUUGAAGCUAAUGUCAGAAUGCUGGGCCCACAAUCCAGCCUCCAGACUUACAGCACUGAGAAUCAAGAAGACACUUGCCAAGAUGGUUGAGUCCCAAGAUGUAAAGAUUUGACAGUGAAAUAGUCAUGAGGAGGAAUUCUAGACUGCCAGAUCCUCUGGCACCAAAGGAAUGGAGGAAUUAGCAUGGACCAAGGAUGGUCCUUGGUUCUCAGACUCCUCACUACACCUUCACAGGCUGCUAACAAACUUCUCAGUACUCUGUAGAAGACAAGCUGGGAACUUCUAAACACUUCAUUCUUUAUAUGUGGACAGCUUUAUUUUAAAUAUAGUUACUGAUGCCUUUUUUUUAAAUUGGGUUUUAUGAACUACAUCAAGACCGCAAUCCUGAUUAUAAGUCUCCAGUCAAACUUUGGGUACUGAAUUGCCUGUUCAUAGAAUGGUGCUUUCUGUGAAAGCCUUAGGAGAUAAAUGAAAAUGAGUUGAGCAGAGUGAAGAAAUACACACUUUUGCCUUCUGCCUAAGAAAAUGUAAUGUUUGUGUUCUAACUUUGUAAAAUAGCCUCUGGAUUAUCUCUCUAGGAUACAGCUUACUAAUGUUAGUCCGCCAUGCCUUCUUUCUAAUGGACUGCCUGCAAGUGCACGUCAGGACCCUCUGUUGCCAUUGGAAUUAGAAGAAAAUUAUUUAUGAAUGCACAGAAAGAUAUUGGUGGCCAAUGGUUUUGUGCUUUAAAAAAUGCAAUAUCUGACCAAGGUUCAUCAAUCUGUUAAAAGCCAUACCUCACCUUGAAAACGAGGUAGCUUCUCCACCAAGUUUAUUUUUAACAUACUUGUUGUUAUAAGGCCAAAAGAAGUCAGAAGUAUCCGUAAAUGUGGAUUGUUUUCUUUCUACCACCAUCUGUUUUUUAAAUUGUUAUUUUUACCAUGGAAAGCCUCCUAUCCAAAGUUGGAGCUUCCUAUGCCAUGAACCAUGCUUGUAAAGAAAAUACUUCUUACUGAAGUAAAUUACCAUAUUGGGUAGCAAUGUAAGUGCCUAUAUUUCUCCUGCAUUCUGUAUGCUCAGUAACUUUUAAAAGGGAAGUUAUUUAUAUUUUGUGUGUAAUGUGCUUUACUUGCAAAUAUCCUCUCCUUUACAACCAUAUUUUAUAUAUGUACAUAGAUUCAUAUGAAUAUUAAUAUAUUCAUAUGUACAUUCAUCCUAUAGAACCAGCUCAUAUGUACCUCACAUCCCAUCCUUAGGGGAAAAAAUUGUUUGAAAGUAGAACUACAUAAUGAGUUUUCAGAAUCCAUAUAUAUUCAAAGUAAUACAUCAAAUCUAGGACUUUUCUAAUUUUAGGCAAAAACUUUGUUAAGAUAAUACCAUCUCAGUUUUUCUUUAUGAAAGGAUUCUAUAAUUAUAAAUUUAUCAGAGCUGAUAUAAAUUUAUCAAUGACUGUUAAUGUGUUUUAGACAUCUAAAUCAUUUGAGAUCUUUGGGUUUAUGAUUUCUGGUUCUAACUUGUAAAGACUGUGAGGAGUCGAGCAGUAUCUGUAUCUACAACUAAUAGUUGUCUCUAUAGCUGUAUCUAGUCAGUAUCUGUACAACUGUAUAUAGCUAUUAUUCAAUCAAAUUAUACAUAUUUUACAGAAGACUUUUUAUCUCUUUAAGAACAGUUCUGAUUUACUUAACCAUAGUACACUCCUGUCAUGCUUUUUAAAUACUAUAGCUAUGCUGAGCACACAAGUCAUGAGAACUUCAAGUGAGACAGUUUCCUUUCAUAAAACAUGAAGUCAAUGUGACUGCAUCACCAUACAGCCAAAAAAGUUUAAAUUAAGUGGGAAGAAAUCAGAGCAUAUAUUCAUCUAGCACCAAAAACAUGACUGCCAAUUGAGGCUGAAACUUAGCUUACUCUCUACACAUCUUAUUUCACAAAUUUGAGUUCUUCAGCUGUUUUCCUAAGUUUUCAUUAACAUAAUAAUUAGAGUGUCAGGUAUUCAUAAAGAGCAGCAUAUUUGUCUAUUGGUAAUACUCAACUUGCUUUUUUCAGAAUAUGUUCCCCACCUGCUUCCUGAGAAAGACAGAUAAGUUCAUAAGAAUUGCUGUGAUUUGAGAACACUUAGAAAAUAUGGCAUACUGAGUCUAAGUUAACUUUGAUGUGUUUUUGACUUGUCAAAAUAUAAAUCUUUAAAAUUACUUGUCAUCAUCCAUAGGAAAGGCAAAAUUUUUUUAGAAAUAUUUUUAAUGGUGUGUUGAGGCAAAAAUGGACAGUUAUGUGAGGCUACUGUAAUGAUUUUAAAAUUAACUUGGUCUUAGUGCUGUCAAUAAUCUUAGAAACUUGAUUAGUAAAAACAUUUUACAGAAUAAUGUGUUCUUUAAAAGAAGCAGCUGCUACUUCAUCUGGAAUCCUAAAAUAUAAAGAAGGUAUCUAAAACUAUCCCCCCCCAAUCUUCUCUUAUGUUUGACAAUUCAUCCAGUAAGUCAAAUAUAGACAGAAUAUGUGACACCAGUAAGAGGAAGUAUCUAUCAUGUACUUCCUUAGUUCCUAAUCUUGGAAUCUAUGAUUUGGUCCCAUAUACAAUGUAGUGUUUUUAAAGUUUGUGGUGUCAAGCCAG